GACAGUGAUGAACCACAAGAUGAUUCGUUUUCAUCUGACGAAGAAACAUUUCAGGUCUUUUUCUUUGAAAUUUUAGAAACAUAAUACUUUUUUUCACUUUACUGUAACUAAUGAUUUCUAUCUCAGGGUGGAAGAAUUCAGCAAUUCUGGAAGGGAACGUACAAUGAAAUUUUGCCUGAAGUUGGUAGUCAUCCACUUGGAGGUAACUCAUCGAGUGAAGUGAAGUUUUUCAUUGUUACCACAGUGGAAUGUGGAGAAGACCGCAUAGAGCGACAAGUGCACAGUAUUAUCCCAACUGGAUGGAUAUCGAGCAACAUGGAAUAUCUACUUUAUCCUCAACCCAGAUUCACAGUUGGGGGUAAAAGUCCGAUUGACUGGGGAGAGAAGACAUUCAGAAGAUUCCAAAUACCAUUCGAAUCGUGGAUGGAAUAUGAUAUUCAUGCCAUUUUAAACCAAACCAAGGCUGUUACAUUUACGAAAGCAAUAAAGGCCGCCAAAGCUGCAGCUAAUGGUCAACCCAUACUGUCAGACGCUUUUAUUUCCGACAGUGAUCGUAUUUUGGGCAGAGGAUUAAGGAAGGCAGCUCAAAAGCGUCCAUUGGAAGAGAAGGUUUCCGGAAAAGGCAAGGAAAGAAGAACAAAUAAUAAUUCUCUAAUAGAGACACCAUCGUCCAGCUCCAACCUCAAUCCAGCUGUUGCCAUCAGGACUCAAAGCUUAAGAUCUUGUCAGUCGAACACCCGGUUUGAUUUCGAAAAUUUCCCAACGAACUUAAAUGUUGGAGCUUGUGUGGGCAACAUCACCACCAACUCUGAGUUGGUUUCAUUGAACAACUCAUCCAUGCCAGUUCCGAAUGCAGCUGUACCGGCGCCCCAUGGUAGCAGUGGUGGCGGCAGCAGUAUUAUUCGUCCGUCCGUUAUUCCUAGUCCACAACCGCAUGAUGUUGGCACAAGAACUGAAGCAGCAUUAUGUGGAGCUAUUAACAAAGCAAGUGGAAUGGUCAACAAUGGAGCACCUUUACCGUCUACAAGCCACGUACAAGAUGAAGAAGAGCAGAAUCGGAAUAAUAUUGAUAUACAGGGUUCCAACGCUUUGCCGUCCAUUUCACAAACACAAACUCGUGGACAUGGGGCAUAUUUGAAUGGCACUCAAAACAACGACGUUAUAACACGUUCAACGAAUAUUGGUGUUGGCCAUCAUGACAAAGAGUUGGAAAGUCCUCCAUCUUUUACUACUUGUGAUGAGUUCACGAGGUUGGAUGCUGUUUACACACGUAGCUUGAACAGAAAUAAUGACACUCCACUGUCAUGGGCAAACGGUGGCGAUCUCCUGCAAUUGAAUGGCUAUCAGUCAUCUCAGGCAUUUUCAUCAUUCGACGUUCAGACAUUGAUGAGAGCCAUUGAGCAAGUAGAAAAGAAGCUCGAUGGGCUUGGAAGUACAGUAAUCGAAAAGUUAGAUUCCGUUUCUAAAAGAAUGGAGGAGUCUUUCAAAAAUGAUUUGCCCUUAAAAGCUACCAAGCACGCCAACUACCAUAGAUGGAUCGUGGAGUCCAACUUCGGAAGUGUUUCUUUCGAUACAGUAGAAAAACUCAUUGCUACCAACACAGCUCUCUCGGACAAAACAAUUGCAAUAAGCAUGGUUUUCUUCAUAUCUGAGCGAUAUAAGGCGUCCAAAUCAAUAGGCGCUUUUGUAAACCAGGCGUAUCGUUUGUUUUUAUGUGACGAAACUAGUCAGAAAAUACAGUGGCGUAGUGUUGGUCGGGUCAAUUACUUAAGGCCCGGACUCUCUGGUCUGAUGAAUAUGCUUUUAGAUAUAGGAGGUAAGCAUCUUUUGUUUGCGCUUACAUACAGCCCUUAUUUCCUUCUAUGUUUUUUCUAUUUUAGUUGCUCUAGACAUUUUUAAUCUUUCGCGGAACACUGCAAAUAUUGAUCAUCGGAGGCUAAUUGAAAUGAUAAAAAACUGCCGGAAAUACAAUGCCAAAAACUACAGGAAGAAGAAUAAUGUGCGAGGUGCCUUGGAGACGGAUGCGUCAGCAGAUGCUCCUCAGCUUACAAAUGCAAAUGAUGACAGUGACGCGGUUAUUCUCUACAACUACAUGACUAUUCUAGAAAAAUAAGUUGUUAAUUUUAGACCUCCGCCUGCUUUUGCUCGAGCACCAGAUCUUUGUAAUUGAAGAUUCAACACCGUUUCAAACCUCUUGAAUUGACGUUUAUUCUUUGCCAGUGUCGUUCUGAAGUCAGAAAAUUGUCAUUUUAUAAUUUAUUGCCUUUCGCAGU